AUUUUCAAAAUUUGCUGUGCAGAUACUAAAAAGAGAAUCGUCAUUCUGUCCAAGCCAAGCAGUAUUUUAAGAAAAUGACCAAUUACACCAUGGUGACUGAAUUUCUCCUGGAAACCUUUGGUAAUGAAUGGGAGCUAAGGUUGCUGAACUCUGUGCUAUUUCUACUGAUGUACUUAAUCACACUUUUAGGGAAUAUUCUCAUCAUUGCUGCCACCACACUGGACAAGAAACUUCACACACCCAUGUACUUCUUCCUUAGAAAUUUGUCCAUGUUAGACAUUUGCUAUAUAUCUGUCACUGUCCCCAAUGCCUGUGUCACCUCUCUCACUAACAACAGGGCCAUUUCUGUGGCUGGGUGUGCAACUCAAAUAUUCUUGGUCAUUUACUUUGCGAUUAUAGAAAUUAUGUUUCUCACCAUCAUGGCCCAUGACCGCUAUGUGGCCAUCUGCCAGCCCCUUCACUAUCCAGUUAUCAUGAACCACCAAUUCUGUGUCCGGAUGACACUUCUCUCCCUCUUCAGUGGGCUGGUGUAUUCAGGUGUGCACACUGGCAACACGUUCCGACUCAACUUCUGCCAGUCCAAUGUGGUCCAUCAGUUCUUCUGUGAUGUUCCCUCUCUACUACUGCUGUCAUGCUCUGACACCUUCAGCAAUGAGAUUUUGAUUCUUGUCUCUGCAAUUGUGGUUUGUGGGGGCUGUUUUAUCUUCAUUGCUAUAUCAUAUAGUCACAUAUUUUCUACUGUGCUCAAGUUUUCAAGCAAAGAGAGAGGAAAGGCCUUUUCUACCUGUAUUCCUCACAUCCUUGUGGUUUCUGUUUUCCUCAGUUCAAUAUCUUAUGUAUACUUAAAGCCUUCUGUAACCUCUGAAGCAAUUCAGGACAUUAUUCCUUCUGUACUUUAUACCAUAGUUCCUCCACUCUUGAAUCCUAUCAUCUACAGUCUUAGAAACAAACAAGUAAAGGAUGCUGUAAAGAAAGUGUUAUUAAGAAUAUCAUAUUGUUUUGAUUACUGUUUCUAA